CUCAGACUUAGUGACACGCCUCAGUGACACUUCUCCUAUCGAUGCGAAGAAGGACUGAUAGUGGUGUAUCUGGCAACCUGAAGCAGAGCUGCUGAUCUCCAGCUCAUUACAGGAGGGAGAUUUUCCAUCGCGCCGCGUUUUAAACGCUCAGCAUCCUCAGCUCGGGCCAUUCGGAUCUUUUCUUCUGGGCUCGCUGAAAGCCCAGGCGCUGCUGUUGUCUGAUUCCUCGUCGCCUUGUUUCAGUGCUUCAAUGGCGAGGCUGAAAUGAAAGGUACAGACCGCCAUCGAUUAAUCAGUGCAGCUCUGAAGAGGAAUCAGUGACUCCAAUCUGGCAACCCUUGUUCUGGUGCAGAUAGGGUUUUGUUUUAUCCCCCCGGCUGCAGUAAGAUGGGCUCGAGCUUCAGGAGCGAGGAGAUGUGCCUGGCACAGCUCUUCCUGCAGUCUGCUUCAGCGUACGACUGCAUCAGCGAGCUCGGGGAAAUGGGCCUCGUCCAAUUCCGAGAUCUCAACCCCAGUGUCAGCCCCUUCCAGCGCCGCUUUGUCAGCGAGAUCAAGAGGUGUGAAGAGAUGGAGAGAAUUCUGGCAUACAUCUUAAAGGAAAUCAAAAAGGCCAACAUUGCCAUUCCAGAGCCUGAAGUCAGUCCUGUAGCUCCUGCGCCCAAACACGUGCUAGAGAUUAUGGAGCGGCUGCAACGUUUGGAGGUGGAGCUCAGCGAGGUGACCAAGAACAGGGAGAAACUCCAGCGGAACCUUCUGGAGCUUACCGAGUACACACACAUGCUGAGGAUCACACACACCUUUAUGCACAGCCGCUCUAGGCAUGAGGCUCUGGGCCCGCAGUACGAGGAGUUCCCAUCUCUGGAGCCCGAGUCUGUGGCCGGCUGCACCAGCAUGCAGAGACUGGGGGCCAAACUGGGGUUCAUCUCAGGGCUGAUCCAGCGGGUGAAGAUGGAGGCGUUUGAGCGUAUGCUGUGGCGAGUGUGUAAAGGUUACACCAUACUCAGCUACGCCGAGGUGGACGAGAAUUUGGUCGAUCUCGACACUGGAGAGAUCAAUAAGAGCGUGGUCUUCCUCAUCUCAUUCUGGGGCGAUCAGAUUGGACAAAAGGUUCAGAAGAUCUGUGACUGUUACCACUGCCAUGUGUAUCCCCACCCAGAGACCGACGAGGAGCGAGCGGAUGUAGUGGACAGCUUAAGGACGCGUAUUCAAGAUCUCAAUGAUGUGCUCCGCCGGACUGAAGAUUACCUGAAGCAGGUGCUCCAUAAGGCCUCAGAGUCAGCACACUCCUGGGUGCUGCAGGUGAAGAAGAUGAAGGCCAUCUAUCACAUCCUCAACCUGUGCAGCUUCGACGUCACCAACAAGUGUCUCAUAGCCGAGGUGUGGUGUCCCGUUAGUGACUUGACCAACCUGCGGAGGGCUCUGGAGGAGGGUUCGAGGAAAGGAGACGCCACCGUGCCGUCGUUUGUGAAUCGUAUCCCAAGUAAAGACACGCCGCCUACACUUUUGAGGAGCAACAAGUUCACGUGCGGCUUUCAAAGCAUCGUGGAGGCAUACGGAGUCGGAGAUUACCGAGAGGUCAGUCCAGCACCCUUCACUCUCAUCACAUUUCCCUUCCUGUUUGCGGUGAUGUUUGGGGAUCUGGGACACGGCGCCGUCAUGGCGCUCUUUGCCCUGUGGAUGGUACUGAACGAGAAAAACUACAAACGAAGGCACUCAGGAAAUGAGAUAUGGAACAUGUUUUUUGAGGGGCGAUAUAUCAUCCUGAUGAUGGGUGUGUUCUCCAUCUACACGGGACUCAUCUACAACGACUGCUUCUCUAAAUCACUCAACAUCUUCGGCUCGGGCUGGAGCAUCAAGGCCAUGUUCACCGAACAGGAGUGGACAAACGAAACUUUACAGACGAAUGCUUUCCUGACGCUUGAUCCCAACGUGUCUGGAGUUUUCACCGGACCCUAUCCGCUGGGCAUCGAUCCGAUUUGGAACAUGGCAGUGAAUCGGCUGGCUUUUCUGAACUCGUAUAAGAUGAAGAUGUCGGUGAUCAUCGGAGUUUUGCACAUGAGCUUCGGCGUGGUGCUCAGCGUCUUCAACCACCUACACUUCCGUCAGCGCUUUAAGCUCUACCUGCUCUUCCUGCCUGAGCUGCUCUUCCUGCUGUCCCUCUUCGGGUAUCUGCUGUGUCUGAUCGUGUAUAAGUGGCUGCGUUUCUCAGCGUGUGAUUCUCGCUCAGCUCCCAGCAUCCUCCUGCACUUCAUCAACAUGUUCCUCAUGCAGUCCAGCUCGACCACACCCCUUUACCCCGGACAGACGGCAUUGCAGGUAUUCCUUCUGGUCAUCGCUUUGCUGUGUGUGCCUGUGCUGUUGCUAGGGAAACCGCUUUACCUCCACUGGUUGCAUCACGGCACUAAGGGCCUGGGAGUACGCAGGGGUUAUGAGAGAGUUCGGCGUGUGAGCGAGGACGAUCUGUCCCCAUCUGUAGUCCAUGAUGAGGAGGAAGGACUGGAGGAUCACACAGGACGGGAGAGCAGCACACUCCAGUUUGAUCUCGGAGAUGCCCUAUUACACCAGGCCAUACACACUAUUGAGUACUGUCUGGGCUGCAUCUCAAAUACAGCAUCGUACCUGCGCCUGUGGGCCCUGAGCCUGGCUCACGCACAGCUCUCUGAGGUUCUGUGGACGAUGGUUCUACGUGUAGCUCUGAGAAUAAGCUUGCGUCUUGGCGUGCUCUUCCUCGUUCCUGUCUUCAGUGUCUUCGCUGUCCUCACCGUCUCCAUCCUGCUGCUGAUGGAGGGACUCUCCGCUUUCCUGCAUGCACUGCGCUUGCAUUGGGUGGAGUUUCAGAAUAAAUUCUACAGUGGUACAGGUGUCAAAUUUGUCCCGUUUGACUUUUCCCUCCUCCCCUCAGUCUUCGAGCAGGACGGACUACUGUGACAGGAGCGGCUCGUCCGUCGUGACGUACCGUCGCUCACACACUUCCUCGUUACAGACCUCAGCUCAGCCGGAGUGAAGAGAGCGUCCGGGCGCUUCGUCGUGUCUCCUUCACGCUUUUUUUAAAACCCCACACGAGUCCGCCUUCACUUCAUGUCAUCCAUAUCAGCCUUAUAUCAACGCUGGUUCCAUUCGACACCUCAGUCUGUUCUGUCGCUCUUUAGACAGCAAACUUCAGUCCAUCACCUUCAUUCAGUUCCGUCAUAUCAGAGUUUCAAAGUGCCAUCAUGUAUUUUGCAAUAGACAGUUUUACGCGUCACAUGUACUGAGGAUAUGACGGUUAGCUGCGGAUUUUAAACACACACACACACACACACACACACACAGUAUCCAAGGAAAGCUUGUGAAAACUUUUGUAAGUAGAAAAACAUCAUACAGCAUCGAGUGUAUGGAGUUCACUUCCUGUUUAAAGUCCGAUGGCAAAUGUUUCGGGGUUUUUUUUUUUUGCUGUAAAGACGGAAAUGUGAUAUGAGGACUUGUUCUCCCGAUAUUUUUACUAGCCACAGUUGCAGAUUUACAAAAUCUCAUUGUUGAAUUUAUGUCCAAUUACUACUGACAGGAAAAUAACUACAUACAAGUGUCAUCCACGCAUUCGGUGAACUUUUCAUUCGUUGAGUACAUUAUUAAAGCAUAAUUUCCCAAAAAAAGACAUUCCUAAUGGCUGGUUAUAUUUCUCACUCUAGUCUAAAGCAUGUGCUAGUGUUUCAGUUUCUAUAUCAUUACAGAACGUUUUUUUUUUUUUU